AACUUUCUCCAAGGGCUCGGGGGCUAGAUUGGGUCUCGCUCCGCUGCCUCUCCCCCUGCCUCAAUUUCGACUCGUGCCAGACAGCUCAGCCCCUCCCUCUGGCAGUCACCCCGCCCGGAGUGGGAGUGGUCAACGAAGCUGCAAAAUGGAUCGCAGGUCCCCACACACGUCCGACCCCUCCCCGCGCCCUGACCACGAACGCAUCCCUGACUUAACCGCCACACUCGGGCCGUGAGCGCCUGCCAGCAGGGCCUUCCGCCACACACACACAGACACCGCAAGCAGCGGCGACCAGGGCAGGAGCCCAUUCCCCGCCACCUGCAGGCGUCGGACCCGAAGUCCACGAGCCGGAACUCAGAGCAGGAGCCGAAGGACCCCAGCGCAGAAUCCGUGGAGGCGCACGGCUUCAUCCACCGCGCUCCCAGAUGGGGUCCCAGCCCAGAUCCAGCCACGAAGACACAGGCGACCCCGGCCUGGGUUUCCUGUUCCAUGAGCUCCAGGAAGGCGACAAUGCGAAGGCUGUAGGGACUUUGGUGAUUGAAGCUGGAGGAGACGAGGAGAAGAAAAUACGGUCCAAACCCGAGCAGGGAGCUGGAGCAGAAGAAGAAAGUCACUUCUGUGCGGGAGCUGCCGACCCCACGAUCAAGGAUAACCAGAAGCGCGGCGGUGGCGACCAGGAGCCCUCGCAGCAGCAGCCUGAGGCUUCCAGCCCAGGACUCCUCCGCGGAGGAGCCACAACCCCAAUAUUAGCGGCGUCUCUUCAGCCCCAGUGCGUUCAGCAGGUUGCACCUGAAGGAGCUAGACAGCAUUUUCCCACGCUCUGAAUAUCCCGACGUGUUCGCUCGAAAGCAGCUUGCAAUCUGCAUGGAUGUGAGUGAAGCCGAAGUGGAAGCCAUUAAGCCUGAUGAAAGCAAUUGGUCAGAGUAGCCACUCUCUGAAACCUGCCUCAGUCCUUGAAUACCUUUGUCCUACACAUUCUCCAAUUGGCCUGUUUUUGUUGCCUUUUCUAUGUUUGCCAAGUGAGUUUUGAACUUUAGUGGGGGAAUAAUGGGAUACGUAAACCUUAGCCUAUGGAAAUUUCCCAUUACCAGAGGGAAUAUGCUUUCUAAUGCGAAACAGAACUAAACUGUUACUUCUAUUUCCUGUACAAGGUUAAGUGUAAAUAAAGUUCCAUUCCUUCUAACAAUGGUAUCCUUUAGAGAACACUUCUGUGUGGAGUUAUGUUGGGACUGAGUCUGACUUGAGGAGUUUGCAAAUUAAUGCACCAAGGACCCAUAUUGUGAGAAGGUUCAACUGUAUUUAAAAUAUUUAAACCAGGCUAUGUUCUUAGCUAAAUGACCAAAUUUAUAAAUAUUCAGGCAUUGGGGUAAGGGAAUAAGUUACAUACAGAAAGAACACAUUAUAUGAGUAAUUAAUGUAUGUUUAGUUUCACUGAGACUUAUGGGGAGGACAUAGCUUAAAAGUCCAAGUGCCUGGUAGUCCUGCUGUUGUUUUUAAGGGUCUGAUGAAGCCAUGUAGAAAGUGGCAGCCUGCAAUUUUGAUUUUCUCCAAUACUUUUAUUUGUAAGCCGGAAUACACUGCUAAUAUACUUGCAUUACACUGGGGGUGUGGGGGGGCAGGUUUGCAAACAGGAAAUUUGUUUAAAAAUUGGAAUAAAAAAGAACAAUUUUGAAAAAGUUUUCACUUAACUAAGAAGGGUGAAAAGGUUAAAGAAAAACUGCAUACACUCAAAUAUAUACCUUGAAGAUAUGGCACAAAUGGAGCUCUAUGAGGGAAUAUUCUCUUUAGGAAUUUCUGACAACUAAGGAUUUUUUUUUAUGUUACUGUUUUAAACUGGUGGGUUUUAUGUAAUUUGUUUGGUGGUGGGGUGGGGCACGCUCAAUUUAGACCAGGUUCUUACCUGUGCUAAUUUGAAAUGGUUUUUCAUUUUCCCAGGCAGUGGUGAUUAAUUUGUAGGUCAUGAGAUCAAGAAAUUACUAAGAUUACUUCAGUAUUAUUGACUGAGUAUAUUUUCAAAACAAAAAGAAAAUCCAGGAUUAGGUUAUGAGCAGUGCUGUGCAGUUCAUGUGAGUGCAGUGAUGGGCCCCCCAUGACUAAGCCUUUUUUUUCAGACCAUCUUUUUCACUCUCAAGAGUUUUCAGAGUAUGAAGUCUGGCCCAGUGGCUCACGCCUGUAAUCCCAGCAAUUUGGGAGGCCAAGGCAGGCAGAUCACGCGAGGUCAGGAGUUCGAGACCAGCCUGGCCAACAUGGUGAAACCCCAUGGUGAAAAUACAAAAAUUACCUGGACUUGGUAGCGCACCACUGUAGUCCCACCUACUAGGUGUAGCAUGAGGCAGGUGGAUCGCUUGAACCUGACAGGCAGAGGUUGCAGUGAGCCAAGAUCGUGCCACUGCACUCUAAAUCUGGGUGACAGAGCAAGACCCUGUCUCAAAAAAAAAAAUUUUUUUUUCAGAGGAUGAAUGGCCCCUUAGGCAUCCUUUAUGAAACCUGAUUAAAGAUCCAGCCUGCUCCUAUUGAUGUAGUUACUUCAGACUGAAGAUGGGCUUUUCAAACGGGGUUGCAGUGUGUGAAGAUCUGGCCAUUGCACUCCAGCCUGGGUGACAGAGUGAGACUCCGUCUC